AUGGCUGAAGGGGAUUCUACACCCAGUGGCCAGUUUGAGUGGUGGAGGAAAUCUCUAGCUUACCGAACAGGCAUGGGUAUGAGUGACGAAGAAAAAGCAGCCUUUGAAGAAGAAUAUCGAGUUAGACAAAGUAAGAAUAGAACAUGUGCCACAUGUGAACAAGAUCGAUCAUGGAUGCUCCAAUAUUCCCCUCUGGUUCGUUUCAUGAUAGAUCAACUUAAAAGAGUAGGCGACGGGGAAGUUCCUGAAAUCAAAUGUCUGGAUUGCAACGAUCUCAAAGGUGGUGGGUUUCACCCUCAAGAAGGUAUUUUACUUUGUGCUAAUUGGCUCAAGGAUAAAUGGCAAUUAGAAGAUGUUCUUACUCAUGAAUUAGUCCACGCGUACGACUACAAGGUUUUUGCUGUUGACUUGAACAAUUUAAAACAUCAUGCUUGUACAGAGAUUCGUGCCAGUAUGCUUAGUGGAGAGUGUCGAGUUCUUAAUGAGAUUCGAAAAACUGGAUUGGCCAAUUUUAGUACAAAGUUUCAAUCUUGCGUAAGGAGACGGGCAGUUCUUUCAGUUACAGCUAAUCCCAAAUGUAAGGAUGCAGCCGAGGCGGAAGCUGUUGUCGGACAUGUUUGGAAUUCAUGUUUCAAUGACACCCGUCCCUUUGAACGAGUUUACCGGUGA